UGAGAAACAAUGGAUGGAGCCAACUAUUCUGUGGUGUCUGAAUUUGUGUUCCUGGGGCUUUCCAAUUCCUGGGAGAUCCAGAUUCUCCUUUUCCUUUUUUCCUCAGUCUUCUACAUGGCAAGUCUUAUGGGAAACCUUCUGAUUGUGUUCUCCGUGAGUGCUGAUCCUAACUUACAUUCCCCCAUGUACUUCCUGCUGGCAAACCUCUCCUUUCUUGAUGUAGGAGUUUGCUCUAUUGCAGCUCCCAAAAUGAUUUAUGACCUUUUCAGAAAAUACAAAGCCAUUUCUUUUGAGGGUUGCUUAACUCAGAUCUUCUUUAUUCAUGCUAUUGGAGGCACUGAGAUGGUGUUGCUCAUCGCCAUGGCCUUUGACAGAUAUGUUGCCAUUUGUAAGCCCCUCCACUACCUGACCAUCAUGAGCCCACGGAUGUGCAUUUUGAUUUUGGCUGCUGCCUGGGUGCUUGGCCUCAUUCACUCAGUGGCUCAGUUAGCUUUUGUUGUAGAUUUGCCAUUCUGUGGUCCUAAUGUCAUGGACAGUUUUUAUUGUGACCUCCCUCAACUCAUUAAACUUGCUUGUAUGGAGACCAAUCAGCUUGAAUUCAUGGUAACAGCCAACAGUGGACUUAUUUCUGUGGGUUCCUUCUUUCUACUGAUUAUUUCUUACAUUUUCAUCCUGGUCACUGUAUGGAAACGUUCUUCAAGUGGUUUAUCAAAAGCUCUCUCUACUCUGUCAGCUCACGUCACUGUGGUGGUUUUAUUCUUUGGGCCACUGAUUUUCUUCUACACCUGGCCCUUCCCCUCAUCACAUUUGGACAAGUUUCUUGCGAUCUUUGAUGCAGUGCUCACUCCUUUUCUGAAUCCAGUCAUUUAUACACUCAGGAACAAGGAGAUGAAGGCAGCCAUGAAGAAACUCUGUCACCAGUUUGUGACUUACAGUAAAAUAUCAUAA